GCCAAAGCGCUGAGUGCUUGGUGGCACGGCUGCACUGCCCUGCCCCACCAAGGGCUCGGUAGCACCGGCUGCUUCGGCCACGGAAGGGACCAACGCCACGUCUCGGCCGGUCCAGAGUGCAAUCCGUGUUUCCUGGUGUGCAAAGGCAGAAUAGAAACUUGGGAGAUUUCGGAUGCUGCUGGCUGAUGUGCAUCCCUGAUGGUGCUCAUAGCAUCUUCUGAACAAUUGGGUAGUGCAUCCCAGCUCAGCCGGGCAUCGUGCACCGUGGGAAGGUGGGAAUGGGUGUGGGGUACUGCCGGGCACAUCCCGGAUGUGUGGGACCAUGGAAUGUAGAAUGAGGCCAUCCUGUCUGUAGAAGCUUGUGUUAGAUCGCUGAGUGCAGUGAUGGCAUAUGAAGAGUGCACUUCCUAGUCCACAGGAAUUCUUCACCUGGGGCAUGGUGGCCUUGCUGCAGGAGUGCUUGGGUGCAGCUGUGCUCAGAAGUCUGGAGCCUGGAUGCAGUGUUGGUGAGGGGAAUGAGGUGGCAGAGACUUGUGCCAAGUAACAUCACUGAGAGGUGAGGUGAGGGAAACAUCCAGACCUGUCUGGAGAAGCCAGAGGGAUUUCCAGAAUGGAGACACUCCCUUGUGCCCAUGUUCUCAGACUACUGUACUGAGGGGACCACUCUUCCCAUGGCCUCUUGGCAGGCACAUCCCCUAAAGGGGAUGGGAGCACAACAUGGGGCAAUUCACCCUGUAGGGUUGGAUUUAGAGGCCGCAGCUCCUCUGGGGUGGCAGUGAGCUGAAGCUGGUGUGAAGAGAAGGAAAGCCAUUCUAGGAAGGUGGGGCACAUGCACGCACUCUUGUCCUCCUCUGCGUUGUCCCUGUCACCUGUGACUCCCUGUUCUUCCCUUGUCCUGCUGGCAGGCCUAUGAGCUCUCCACGCUGACUGGCACUCAAGUCCUGCUGUUGGUGGCCAGCGAGACGGGCCACGUGUACACGUUUGCCACACGGAAGCUGCAGCCCAUGAUCACCAGCGAGACGGGGAAGGCGCUGAUCCAAACAUGCCUCAAUUCCCCGGACUCCCCCCCACGCUCGGACCCCACCACUGACCAGCGCAUGAGUGCCACUGGUUUUGAGGAGACGGACCUCACCUACCAGGUGUCCGAGUCAGACAGCAGCGGGGAGACCAAGGACGCCCUGAAACCCGCGUUCACUGUCACCAACCUGCCGGGAACAACAUCCAUCCAGACAGCCCCGACCACCUCGACCUCCAUGCAGGUCAGCAGUGGCCCGUCAUUCCCCAUCACUAAUUACCUGGCGCCAGUGUCUGCCAGCAUCAGCCCCAAUGCCGUCACCAGUGCCAACGGGACAGUGCUGAAGACUACUGGAGCCAGUGCAGUGACGUCUGGGGGCCUCAUGCCGAUACCCACUGGCUUCACCCUCAUGUCAGGUGGUACCAUGGCUCAGCAGGUUCCAGUCCAGGCAAUCCAGGUGCACCAGGCACCGCAGCAAACGUCUCCCUCUAGUGACAGCAGCACUGACCUUACCCAGACCUCUUCCAGCGGAACAGUGACCCUCCCAGCGACCAUCAUGACGUCGUCUGUGCCAACCACCGUGGGCGGCCACAUGAUGUACCCCAGCCCGCACGCGGUGAUGUACGCGCCCACCUCCGGCCUGGCCGACGGCGGGCUCGCGGUGCUCAACGCUUUCCCGCAGGCGCCCUCAGCGAUGCAGGUGUCCCACAGCCAGGUCCAGGAUCAGGGUGGUGUCCCCCAAGUGUUCCUGACAGCCCCAUCAGGCACGGUUCAAAUCCCAGUCUCAGCUGUCCAACUUCACCAGAUGGCUGUCAUCGGGCAGCAGAGCAGCAGUGGCAGCAGCCUGACGGAGCUGCAGGUGGUCAACUUGGACACCUCACACAGCGUCAAGAGUGACUGAGAGGCCUCUGCUGCCGGCCUUCUGUUUUCUGGCUUGUCACGCCAGUGUCGGGGCUGGCAGCAACUCCUUCUCGUACAGACUGCACCAGUUAUUUAUUGUUGCCUUUUCACGUUUCCUUCAUCCACACAUGCACACACACACACGCACUCACCCACCCCACACACACAGGCAUGCGUGUGGGGCUGCAGGACCCACCCGGGGUGGAGCCGUGCUGGGGCCAUGCAGGGCUUGGGGCAUUUGGAUGCUGCAAUAGCUGUGCUUGUCUCACGCCAGCCAAAGAAAUUUGUCUCUUGAGGGGAGGAUUGCUCUGCACUGUAAAUAAAUACUGCAGGCCAUUCCCAGGUGGAGGCUCUGGCUCCUUCUGGGUGCUCUGAGUCACCUCGCCCAUGAGUAUUUACUCUGUGUGGGGCUCAGCUUAGGCCCAGAGCCACCAUGCAGGUGCAGCUGGGAGCAGAGUGGGUUGUGGCUGUGCUGCUGGCCUCAGCAAUGUGCCUUUGUGGGGGCGACAGGUCCUGGCCGCAGCAACUCACCCUGGGCUCCAGACAGGAGAGAGGGGCCAGCUUGCAUGUGCAUCUCUGGGCCUGCAUGCCCUCUCCCUGGAGGGCAGGGCACAGCCGGUGGCACGUGGCCCUGUCCUCCUCGUAUGCACUACAGUGAGCCCUCUGCCCUCAGUGCCUCCUCGCUGGGCUGCCUGGCAGAUUUUCAGCCUGACUGGCCCUGCCCUCGCACAGGUGAGGUGGUCAAUUGAUGCCCAGGAACACAAAGAUGCCCUGAAGAGUUCCUCAGGGGCCCUGUGCUCUGCCCAGCCCCACUCUCUCAGCCCUCGCACUGCUUCUGGACUCCAUACACCCAGGGGAACAUGGCUGGGCCUUUCCUACAUCCCCCUGCAGCUCCAGCCAGCGCUUUCUAAAUUUCUGUGUCUGAUGCAAGGUGGAGAAACGACUCAAAUGUCAAAGGGAAGAGCCCGUGGGGCACAGAGCUGCUGGGCAGGUGGCAGGCUCUUCUUCUGAGCACCAGGGUGACCAGCAGGCCAUCCUUGGGUGUGGGGGAGCAGCUGUGACGCCUGUACAGG